AAGAGUAAGCAAAAGAAGCCAUUGCGGUGUCGUGGCUCAGUUAACAAAACACGAGAAAAAAAAAAAAGAAAAAAAAAAAAGAGACAGGCGAGAGAGGGCGAGCUGGCUGUCAGCGGGAUCUCUUUUUAUUUUUCCCCGAGCCACAUUCACAUGAGCAGACGAGCCAACGCACUUGGCAAACGAUUCUACGCCUGAAUAACGAGAUUGAAGAGGUCCGGAUAUGUCAUUCAUAUUUGACUGGAUUUAUAGCGGGUUCAAUAGCGUACUACAGCUUUUAGGACUGUACAAGAAGUCGGGCAAGCUCGUGUUCCUCGGCCUGGACAAUGCCGGCAAAACCACGCUACUGCACAUGCUCAAAGAUGACAGACUGGGACAGCACGUGCCCACUUUACAUCCCACCUCAGAAGAGCUGACAAUUGCCGGCAUGACAUUCACCACUUUUGACCUUGGAGGCCACGCACAAGCCCGCAGAGUGUGGAAACACUACCUCCCUGCCAUAAAUGGCAUCGUCUUUCUCGUGGACUGUGCCGACGGCUUCAGAUUGGCAGAAUCCAAAGCAGAGCUUGACGGGUUAAUGACGGACGAGACCAUCGGAAACGUGCCCAUCCUCAUCCUGGGUAAUAAGAUCGACCGAUCGGAGGCCAUCAGCGAGGAGCGGCUAAGGGAAAUGUUUGGACUGUAUGGACAGACGACAGGCAAGGGCAACAUCCCCCUGAAGGAGCUGAACACGAGACCACUUGAGGUGUUCAUGUGCAGCGUGCUCAAGCGCCAAGGCUAUGGCGAGGGAUUUCGCUGGCUCUCCCAGUACAUCGACUGAAAACAGCGCCACCUGCGGGCGGCACCCUCACUGCAGCAACAACAAACAAAACAGCAGCAGAAACAGUGGGCUUGCCGACCAACCACCAAGACAACUCGAUCCCAAUAGACUUUUAUUGGUUCUCUGGGUUCUGCACUUACAAAUGCACACACACACACACACACACACACGUUUGUCCCUCUGUCAUAGCUCAAAAUGGACGAGUCUUUUUUUUUUUUUGUACACCGGCGUUCAUUCGGAAACUUCCAUGACGCCCCCGUAGUGCUACACAUGGCAUUUCUAUUCAAUCAUCACGUUUAUUUUUAUGACAUUGUUAGUAAAUCGAAAGGACCGACAACCCUCCUUGCCUUGCCCACCCUGCUAAAAUUUUUUUUAAAAAUCCCAAUUAGCUUUUUUUUUUUUUUUUUUUUUUUACAUAUUUUGAUAGAAACAUGAAAAAGUAGCUUCAUGGCUCCAUAUUAAUAAUGUAUGAAAUGUACACAAACAUGGUACAUUGAUGUUGUAUCCUUUAUGUGCAUUACCACACACUAUUAUGCAUGCCUUGUUCUUUUUCAGCUAUAACCACCCUUUUAUUAUGAUUACAGUUACGAUGAUUAUUAUAGCAGAGAUGGAGAAAGAUGCCAAAAUUACUUUUUUGCAGGGGAGGGGGGGACCAUAUUAACACGCGCACACGUUCAGUUCCCUUGCGUCUCUUCAUUCCAGGAGCAGGUGCUGACUGCAAUCCAAAAGCGAGGCUGGUGGUGUUGUUUGCAUCAUAAAUGUGUAAUAAUAAUAAUAAGAAGGAUGAUGAUGAUAAUAAAUGUUUGCAAUGAAUAACAGGCUUUAACAUCAAUACA